AUGUCGCUGAAGAAACGCCUGAUGAGAAUCCAAGUCAAGGAUUUUAUACAACCCCAGCCAUGGGUGCAAUGGGCCGUUGGCGAGAGAUGGUGGUACCGAACAAGCUAUAUAGGAGCUCUUUUGUUCAAUGCCGGGGCAUUUUUGCUCCCUGCGCUGUACAGUACCUUAGUCAAGAUCUGGAUCGCUGAUAUCGACUCUUCUCUAGUGGUUACAACGGAUGUCUACACAUAUAUAGGGACUGUUGCCGAGGUCCUCAAUGAGGACAAAGAUACGCGCACGCAUGAGUCUCGGUUGGGCCUCGCAUAUACGCUGAUCGUCUUCCAGACUGUACUGGGACUGAUCAUGAGUAUUGUGUUGACGGGUGCUGCGAACGCGUUUGCAUCGACGUUCGUUCCACGCAAUGUCCAGAAAGCUAGUGUGACAUAUGUUCGAAUCGGUGCUUUUUCUGCUCUGAACUCUGCCAUCGAAGUGGCGGUCUCCAAUGCCACGAGAGCCUUGGACAAACCAGAUGUUCCGCUCCUGAUCAGUUCCGUCAAAGUGACGGUGAACAUCAUUCUGGAUUUCCUCAUCAUUUCAAAGUUUCACGUGGGCCACUGGGCUCCCAAUGUCAACAUGCAGGCUGCUAUACGUUUGAGCUGUGAUAUGGCCGCUGCUUUAACUGGUCUUUUCUACUUUUUCGCCACCGCGGCCCGGUCAGUAGAAGAUGGAGGAUUUUGGCGCUUGAAGGGUGAAACUCCCACUUUGUCCGCAUUCCUGACCCUAUUGAAGCCCGGAUCUGUCACUUUCAUGGAGUCGGCGAUCCGGAAUACGCUCUAUCUAUGGCUGGUGGCCGGAAUCGUCGCCAUGUCGGCAGAUUACGCCACCGCAUGGGGUGUGUUCACUACAGUUCGCUGGGGACUUGUGAUGGUCCCAGUGCAAGCUCUCGAGGCUACCUCACUCACAUUCAUAGGACAUUUCUGGGCCGAGUUGCGAGGCACGAAUCAUCAGGCCAGGAACUGGAAGAAGCUCAUUGUAAUCAUCCGACCAGCCGUUGUGUCUGCAUUAAUUGCCAUCGCUAUCGAAGUACCGCUUUGUAUAUUCAUGGCACUACUUGGUUGUGAACCAUUCGCAUUCUUUCUCAGCGAGUCUGAAAAGGUCUCGGAAAUUGCGGCACAUAUGUGGCAGACGAUUGACUGCUUAGUUUUUGGGGGAAGCCAAGUGUUUUCAUUUGUUGAGAUUGCGAUCAUCACCUUCUUCUGGGCUCAGAGAUUAAUGCGAGGCAAGCUAUCUGUCGCGGCUAUCUAA